UCUUUUCUUGCGGCUUUUGGCUUGUGGCUGCUUCCAUCGCACAUGUCCAUUGUUGCGACUUCGUCCAGAUUGUAGCUACAGGUAACAAACAAGACGUUGGAAGGGAAGAGAAUAAGCGGAGGAGGUACUGUAUUAAUAUCUGAAGUACGAUACCUUACUGGUGCCACUAUCCACGAUACCUUCAAGAAGCGAAGAUACCUUUGUUCCAAGAAUUGGAUUUCCUACCGACGAAGCAUUAAUUGAAUUGAAUUGCAUCACUAGCUAGAAUCACCAUGGACAACGAUGUGGAGCUAACGACUAGCCGGAAACGACGAGACACGGACGAAGUGUACCCAUUGGAUGAGCUACAGAAGAAUCCAGAAGAUGAUAUCUAUCAACCAGCCACGAGACGGCAGAAUCACUGCUUUGUGAUUGCCAUCGUCUUCGGCCUGUUGGCAGUGGCUAGUGGCUUUGGGGCCAAGGUAUACUUGAUGCCAGCCGAAGAUGUCGCUCUGGAAACAGAAGGUCUGGCGGAGGACGGGACAGUCAUCAACAAUGCGGAUAAUGCCAAAAUGUCCGAAGCCAUGAGGAAUAAUCCCAACAAUACACCCGGCAAGAAAAAGCCACAUUCAUCGGCGCAAUGGACAGAACCCAAAGCCCCCCUGGAAAAGGAUGGCGAAGACGCCGAGAACAGUGACAAAGACAAACCAGAUGAAAACAAAGACAAACCAGAUGAAAACAACCAACCGCCAGAACACGAAAAAGAAAAUGAAGAUCCUGCAAAGAAGGAAGAAUCGAAACCAAAAGAAAAUGAGGUAGAAACCCCCGCAGACACCGAGACAAACGACCCAGCCGAAACGACAAUCGACGAACAACCCGCCGAACAGAAACCAGACAAAAACAAGAAAAAGAAACUCAAUUUUGAAAAGUGGCACAAUAUUAAAGUCACCAAAGAUGAUGGAGUUAUGUAUGAAGUUCAAGAUGUCUUGAAACACGGAGCUCGAAGUUUCACAGAGGGAUUGACAUUCUAUGAUGGAAAACUGUACGAAUCCGUUGGGCUUCAGGGAGCGUCAUUUGUGCUUCAGCUGGACCCCGACACUGGCGAAACGAUCAAAUCUGUCCGCAUGAGUGGAAAACUAUUCGCGGAAGGUUUAACGUAUUGCCAUGGCAAGCUUUACCAGCUAACCUACAAGGCCAAACAAGGAUUCAUUUAUGACAUCAAUGAUCUCGACAAGAAACCGGAAACAUUCACAUAUGACACAACAACAGGUGAAGGAUGGGGAUUUACUUACGAUGAAAAAAACGAUGAAUUCAUUGUCAGCGAUGGAAGUGCGUACCUGCACUUUUGGGAUCGGAAGACGCUCAAGCAAAAACGAAAACAUCAAAUCAUGAGACUGAGCGGACAUCCAGCAGUACGCAUCAAUGAGCUCGAGUGGUGGCGAGAUCGGGUGGUGGCCAAUGUGUGGUAUAGGAAUGUCCUGCUCAUCAUCAACCCCGUUACAGGGCUUGUCGAGAAGGAAUAUGAUUUCAACGAUAUCUGGAACCAGGCUGGUGCCACCAAGAAUGACAAAGCAGAGGUGUUCAAUGGGAUUUCCAUUUCAGACGAUCCAGAUGUUUUGUACGUCACGGGUAAAUGGUGGGGCAACAUGUUCAAAGUCAAACUGCUCCCAGAGGUACCGGAAGAGUAAACUUGCCACGCCAUGGAUACCGGUAGCGCCUGGAUCACACACAUUUUGCCAUUUUCAAAGUGCUUGAAAUUAGACAUCUAUUCACCCAUGGUUAGCUUUUAACUACUAGUCUACAAUAAUGCAUAAGCCCAGCAUCAAU